GCUUCUUCAACAACUGCAGCCACCUCGUUAGCUCGCUAGGCAACAAACUCGGAACAUUCAAGUUCUUUAGACAAUUUCCUGGUUUAAUUGCCACUAUGGUUUAAACAUACUUAUGUGGAAACAACUAGCUACCCAAUUUAAUAGAAUAUUUACGUUCUAAGUCAACUAGCUGGCUGGUUAAGUUAGCACUAGUCUAGUCGCUAAUGCUAACAAGCUAUUAUCCUCGACCAUGAGCCUACUAAGCUAUUCUCCUCCUGAUAAAGAAGAGGCGAUCUACUGGACGGAGAAAGAAGUGAAAGAGGAGGAAGAAGAGGAGGAUGUUACAAUACAAAAUGAAGUAGAGGGUGAGGCUGCUACCGUGAAAGAAGAAGAGAAAGACGCCUUCGGAGUGGAGGAGGAUGUUACUGUGAAAGAAGAUGAAGACGUUUUUGGAAUGACGGAUGAAGAGGGGGAGAUUACUGUCACAUUAGAGGACGACGAAGAAGAGAAGUCUGGAGAUCUGAUUAAGACCAGUAAAUACAGAGAGAGACUGGACUAUCGUGGACAUUAUGAUGCUGACGAGGCAAAGCAGAGUCUCAAGACUCUGAAACACCAGCAGAGACCCACAGGAAAGAAAUCUCACCGCUGCUCUGACUGUGGGAAAGAUUGCAAAUCUUCAUCAGAACUUAAAAUACACCAGCGAGUACACACCGGAGAGAAACCUUACUGCUGCUCCAACUGCGGGAAACUUUUCUCAAGAUCAAAUUCACUAAAAGUACACCUGAGAAUUCACACUGGAGAGAAAUCUCACUGCUGCUCUGACUGUGGGAAACGUUGCAAAGAUUCAUCAGAACUUAAAAUACAUCAGCGAGUACACACAGGGGAGAAGCUUCACCACUGUUCAGAUUGUGGGAAAAGCUUUUCAACAUCAGACUUUGAAGCUCAACCUGAUAUCACACCAAAGAACACACACAGGAGAGAAAUCUUAUAG